CAACUUCAUCAGGUCGGUGGGGCUUCAAUGCCUCUCAUCAACCAGGUGUUUUUAUAAAGCACAAGUUGGUGAAGACAGGACGCGCCGAAUACCGGAAUGGAGAUGAACUCAACGACCCGCGGUGCCAACAACAGCGACACCAACAACAGGACAGCGCUGGGCACGGCCACGUCGGCUGGCGAUUCGACGAAUCUAAACGACCUCUCGAGCUUCGUGAACAUCAUGACCCUCUUCGUAACCCCGGCCGUGUGCGGCCUGGGCUUGAUCGGAAACGUGAUUAGCCUCUGCGUCCUCCUGUGCACCGGCCUCAAGAAGUCGUCCUACGUAUUCCUGUUCGCGCUGACCUUCUCCGACAGCUGUUGGCUGUUGUACGCCCUGGACGCGUCGAGGCUUCUCUUCCUGUACGGAUCCAGCCUCGGUUGGGUAGGCUGGGAAUUUCCGCAAGAGGUCGCCUACGGGCUUUUCGUCAUGAAUCACGUCAUAGAAUUCGUCGCGAAUCUCGGCGGCUACUGCUCAACAACGCUCCCCGUCGCCAUUAUGGCCGAGCGGUGCCUGGCCGUGUUCUACCCGUUAAAAUUUCACCGCCUCGUGACGGCGAAGAGGGCCUGGAUCGCCGUGCUGUGUGUUUGCCUCUUCUGGCUGCCGUGGUGUCUACACUCGGCGUUCCUCUACUCAUUUUUCUACUUCCGCUACAGAGGUGUUAGCUUCGGUUUACCGUACUUAUCUCCCUACUACAUCAAGAACAGGAAGACCAUAAACCUGCUGGACCAAUACCUUUUCUCCUCCCUGGCGUCCUGGGUGCCCGUCAUCCUGGUCAUCGCCGGAGCGGUAGUCCUCGGGGUAAAGAUCAAAAUCUCACACCGGAAACGCCAGGGGCUUCUGUCGUCCACUUUCGCCGAGCCCCGAGUCAUGACGACGAGAACAACUCGGACACUGGUCAGCGUGUCCGUGGUUUUCGCAGUCCUCUACGGGUACGGGCUUUUGACCCUCCUCAUUAAGUUAAAGGGCAUCGAUGCCAUUUCAGAUGAAAUUUUAACGCAGACUCGAUUUCUAAUGGUCGAUAUCAACAGCUCUAUGAACUUCGUCAUUUACCUGAUGAUGAACGGCAAGUUUCGUAAG